AACUCGAGUUCCUUGUGCCAUCUUUCUUUUUUCGACACAUUCCAUGGAUCAUGUCCAGUACAUUCGACCCAAUUUUAGGCCUGUUCUCGGGAACCUCCACAUAUCAAAUUCUAUGGAAGCACGAUUGUUAACGCGUGUUAAUUCCCAGCCCCAGCUUAUAGCUGGUUUAACUCAACGGUUGGACACACAGAGCCUCGCUUCUCGUAUCCACGUCCAUCUCCUCUUAAGUCGAUCCUAUCGUCCCCAUUUCACUCUCCAUAUCUUCACAUGGCCGAUACAAACUCUACUGCGAGCAGUGUCGGCAAGCCAUACUACGGCCCAGUUGGCGAGACGCCAUCUGAGAUACUGCUGGAGAAAACGUUCAUGGCAAGUGGGUACUUAACCGGAGUGGGUUUUGGUAUCCAGCUUGUAAUCUAUGGGGCAUGCAUACGAAGUUUGCUUCAGCGCAAACCUCGAACUAGGUUUACAUAUUUUCUCCUCGUAUACACCACCAUCCUAUGCAUAAUGAACGCCAUUUGGACGGCGACAUCGGCGUACGGCCUCCAGCUUACGUAUAUCGAUAAUCGUAACUACCCUGAUGGAGGGUCUUGGGCGUUCUUGCAAGUUGAAUUCUCAGAUCCCAGUCAGGUCGUAGCACUGGCAUCCUAUAUCAUCGGCAACGUUAUGGCCGAUGCCCUAUUGCUUUGGCGCUGUCGAGUUAUCUGGACUGCCUCUCUUGGGCCGAAGGUCGACUAUAUCAUGGUGAUCCCAUUACUUAUGUUGCUAACCUCGUUUGCGAUGGCAAUUCUCUUUGCAUACGAAACCUCUUCACCCGCAGGCUUCUUCAGCAAGAUCACAACCUCCUUUGCAUUACCUUAUUUUGCCAUCUCCUUAUCCCUUAACAUCGUUUUGACACUCAUGAUCGUCGGCCGCAUGGCCGCAUACCGUAGAAAGGGCCAAGAAAUCUUUGGUCGAACCUAUGGCAAACAUUAUGGUUCAAUUGCUACAAUGUUCAUAGAGUCUGCUGCGCUCUAUACCAUCUGCUCCGUAUUACUCUUGGUCACAUAUGCUAUUGGACACCCAAUCAAUCAAAUUUGGCUUGGGCUUAGCCCUGCGGUGCAGAUGAUUGCAAACUAUCUUAUUAUAUAUCGAGUUGUUCAAGGUCGAGCAUGGAACACCGAUACCUUGGGCUCCAAGGCAGUUCACUCUGCUAUGGUCUUCGAGACUGGUACUUACCAGAACUCUCGUUCUCGUGUCGGGCGGUUGGCGGACACAAAGACAACCGCUACUAUUGACAUCCCACUCGGUUCGGUUGAUACGAACAAGAGUGGUACUGAGAUGAUACCCACUCCUGAUGAGAAUAAGGAGUUGACGCUGAAAUGGGCGGAGGAGUCGGCUUGAAUUAUCUACUUGAUGAGGUUAUUCAAUUGUAUGGCUUAAUACAUCCUUCCGCGUAUUGCACUUGGAAAUUAGGACGGAUGUAGCCUGUAGGACAGCUGUGUACCGGUUGAGACCUUUCGUUAUCAAUAAACAGUCAGUACUGAUUGAACGUUGCUCAUUCGCAACUUCAGUAUUCAAGACAAGGAAUUCUUAGCAG